AUCACGUGACUCACCCGGCGGCGCCUCGUGUGCAGCGCUUCUCUCCGAAUCAAAAUGGCGGCGCCGCAUGGCGUAAAACCGAAGGAUUUAAAGUGUGAUAUUACGGACCGUACAGCAGCACAGGCGCACCGCGACUCUCAGGUUGAAUUUGGAAAUCCCGAUGUUCCCGUCUUCGAGCUGGACGUCGGAAGGAUCUCCGAUGCGCUUCACGGAAGCCUGGAUCCGUCUAUUUUAUCCAUCUUUCAGGAGAAGAUGCUGACGGAUAGCGUUGAGAGCGAGGCGUCGCUGCUGUCCGCUCUGACCGAGAUGUUGGAUAGCGUGGACGUCGAGACGCUUUCGCCGUUCGACACGCUGCCGGAUGCGGAGAUUUUCGCAGCUCAGAAGGGUUCCGACCACACGCUCAGGAAUCUGCUUCAUUUCAGCCAGACGUCUCCGGAUCGGCCCAAAAUCUCUCGAUCACCAGCCGCAAAGUCAGGAAGAGAGGUCGUGCUGUCAGACAGACAGUUGAGACCCCGUCGCCAUUCAGUGACCCAGACUACACCGCGAGACGAGCGUGAGAAGAAGCGCCGCUCUGUGAGAGUCUUCCGGAUCGAAUCCGACCCCAUAUUCCCACAGGACGGACACGAGUUGCUUGCAGAUUUAGUGAGACACAUGCAUCCGUACUGCGUCAGGACGCACCUGGAGAAAGAGACGCGCGUGUCUGCGGCGGCGGAGGAGGAGGAGGAGGAGGAGGAGUUUGUUGAUGUAGAAGGUUACGAGGAACACAUGCUGGACCAAUCAGGACACGGACCAGACUUGAAGCCAAAAGCAGAACCAAAUGCACAGAAGACCGACAGCCAGGAAGAAAAAGUCACAUCUUUAGGACGAAACGUUAAGAUGACGCCUGAACGCAGCGCUUUAGUCAAAACCAGCGGUGUGAAGAAAACGGUGACUUUUGCGUUUAAUCUAAUCUCCGUUCACGAGAUUCCACCUGAUGAUGAGGAGAUUUCUGAAUCCACGUCCUGUAAAACUGACAUCACUUCCUCUCAGAAGCCCAAAGCGCUCAGUCUAGACCAGUACCGUCUCCUCAGACAGAACAAACAACCUCCGGAGGAGAAACGGAUGGACUUUCGAACCAAAUGGCCUUCGCUUCCCGAGCUUCCCCGGGAGCUUCCACCAAUCCUGCACAAGCUGGAUCCGAACACACCUUCUGGUGAGAUAUUAGCAGCUGUUAAAGUGAAAGCCUCUCCAUCCCCGCCGCAGGGAGUCACACGUCCCUCUCGGAGAGACGGCAGGAAGGCUGUGGAGCUUUGCAUCGACCCUCCAAACCCGGUUUUGGUGCCCUUGAAACCCACACGACGCAUAAACGCAACCCAGACCGCCUCAGACUCGAAACCAGACGUCUGUGUUUCUUGUGAAGAGGUUCGCCUCUCUGAGGUCGUGCCAGUGACGUCUGCUUGCAAACCCAGAACUGAACCGCAGAGCCAGACGGCGUGUGACGGAGACAUCGGAAUUGAGGCCGCUGAUCUGACCAGCCUUUUGGAGCAGUUUGAGACGCAGGGACUAACUCCACCCGCCACACCUCCGCAUCAGAUCUGGAGGCCCCUGGCGUCGGUCAAAGGGACGAAACAUGAAUCCAUCAAGCCGUCGUCCAGCAAAACCAUUCAGAUAAUCGAACCCCGCCCACUGCCGCCCAGUAAAACUCACUCAAAGCCCUCACUCUCCAGCUUCACUCCUGCGAUGAAUCCCGCCCGAGCGUUCCUGGACCACGACUACUGCGGGAUUCAGGGCAGCGAGACGUGUUUCGCGCACACAAACCCGCUGUCUGGUUCGGUGCUGCUGUCUCCUGACAGCUCCCCCUGCAGGAUGGAGGCGUUCGAGGAGGCGGAGUCUCUGAGGGGGCGGGGCUUGCGCUUCUCCUCCCGCUCUCUGAGCCCAUUGGACCGCGGAAGGCUGAAGAGGCGGGGCUAUGAAUGCGGAUACCGGCGCUCCAGUUCCAGGUCAUGCUCCUCGUGCUCUUCAUCAUCUUCAUCAUCAUCUCGUUCCAGGUCUCGUUCGCCACCCAGAACAAGGUGCAGGUCCAGGCCUUCUGGAAGCAGUUCCUCCUCGCGCUCCAGUUCUCGGUCGUCUUCUCGUUCUCCUCCUCGCAAGCGUGGACGCCGCUGCACCAGAUCGUUACGCCGCUCUCGUUCGGGUUCGGGUUCGGGCUCGUGCUCUCCUGAGCCGGACUGGAGAUGGACGAGUCGCAGAGAGAAGGAGCUAAACCGCCGACACGAAGAGGCUCGUAAACUCCGCCAGCAGAAAGCCAUCGAGGAGCGGAGGGUGGUGUAUGUGGGAGGAAUCCGGGGAAGCAUGUCACCGUCGGAUCUCAAAGAUCGAUUCUCGCUGUUCGGGAAGGUGGAGGAUUGCACGGUCCAUCUCAGGAGUCACGGAGAUAACUACGGCUUCGUCACGUAUCACAGCACAGACGACGCUUACGCUGCUAUUGAGAGCGGCGGUAAACUGAGGCGGCCAGACGAGCUUCCCUUCGACAUCUGCUUUGGCGGCAGACGACAGUUUUGUAAAUCCAACUAUGCAGAUUUAGAUUCCAGCCGGGAUGCCGCUCCAGCGUCCAGGAGCCGAUGCGAGGCGUUCGACUUCGACGCGCUGCUCAAACAGGCUCGGAGAGGACUGACGAGUUAGCAGCGCAGAAGAAGAGUUCAGUUCAGUCUACGCCGGUUCACAGCAAUAUUCUGGGUUCAAUACAAGUUAAGCUCUAUUAAGUAAUAACUCAUAUAAAUGAGGAUGGCAGCCGUACAGAUGGUGAAAACUUCUGUUGAAGUGCUUGUGCUUAAAACAUGUUGUACGUAAGAAUGGAGCGGCAUUAAAGAUGAAAUUGUCAUUAUGAAAGGAAAGUCAGCUCAGUUGAGUGGUUAGUGGUUGUCUUCUACAGUGUGUGUAUAUAUAUAGCCUGAGUUUUUUGAAGUGAUACCAAAAGAAUAAAAACCCUGUUCUUCAGCUGGAGUGACGACGAUACUGUACCUGAAUAAAAGUGUUUAUGUAUUAA